AUGCAAGCGUCACCGGAUGAGUCCUCCGGGAUUGGCUGCAUCUCAUCCAGCGCUCUUUGUACACUUUAUCUAGUUUAUUUUCAAUAUAUAUAUAAACAUAUACGCAUUUCUCUUUAGCGCCUGCCCUGCUUUAGUGUGGCAAAUAUCCAUGCCAAGUUUAAGGAGGGGCCGCAUCCUCUGAGCGACUCGUACAAGCGCUACAAGCAGCCCGGCAACACCACCACCGCCAGCCAGGAGGGACUCAGUCAACAGGGUCACCAGCAGGGGCAGCAGGGUCACCAGCACUUGCAGCCAUCGGCGGUGCAGCCAACGCACGGAAUCCUGCGGAGCAGCGCCAAUUCCCGGCUCCACCAGGUCCACGAUGCGGGGAUCCGAGGAAACCACCCCGGAAAUCCCGGCCACAUGAUGAUGGGUCAUCCUGGCCAGACGCAAACCCUUCCGGGGGCAUGUCGCAGACAUCCCAAUGCUGGAUCGAAUUUAAAUCUUUAUCUACACAACGACCUAGAGAGACGUUUCUACUUCGAGAAACCGGCGGUGUCCAAGUGCAAUCUGCACUCGCGUAGUUUUGCCAAGUCGCUGAAUGAGCUCUGCACGGAGGCCUCGGUGACCUCCACCCAUGUACCCCUUCCCAUUCCCGUUCCCAUUCCUGCUCCCCUGCCCGCACCUCCUCCCCCAUCUUCUGGCGAUCCCGAUCGCCUGCCCGCUCCACCGCUCUUCGCCGACUUGCCCCAGGAAUUUCCACUUACCCGAUCCGUGUCCACUGCCACCGAAAUAUAUACGGGAUCUGCGGCACCGCCCUCCGCCCAGAUGAAGCGCAAACAGCAGCGAAACAUGGCCACCAAUACGAACACCAAGGUAUCCAAUAAUCCCGCCGCCCAGCUGGAGGAUCAGUCGCGUCUGUGCGGCCUGAAGCGUGGCCUGCGGAAGACCAAGGACGAGCUCUUCCAGGAGUUCUGCCGCCGGGCUGGGAUGCGCAGCAAGCCAAAGAAUAUCUACUACAUCAGUGGCGGCGGCGAGGAGGCGGAGGAGGAGGAGGAGGGGGAGGGGCAGCAGGAGCAAAAGGUCAAGCGGGAGGAGGCUCCUCAGGCUUCCAAUCGCCGCGAUGACGACGACGACGCGGAUGGGGAUGAUCACGGUUUCAGGCAGUUCAACCGCAUGGAGGAGGAUCAUCUCUAUGUGGUGGGAGAUCACGCCGCGUUGGUGAUGCCGCGUCGCACGUCCAUGUGCGUGGAUUCGCUGGGACAGCCGUUGCGCCGACUCAACUCGAAUCUCUCCCUGCACACGGCGGACUCGAGUUACUCGGCAGUGGGUGGUGGCUAUCCGGGGAUGGGGAUGCGCAUGCCUCUGCCGCCGCCAAGUGGCGAUCUUGGCCAGAGUCGCACCUUGCCGCGCUGCUUCCUGCGGCAGUCGUCCGACUCGCUGGCCUCCCAGGGCUAUUCGUUGGGGGCCAGUUCGCAGAGGUUCUCCCAGCUGAUGCUGAAUCAUCAGCAGCAGAAUCCGCAUCAGCAGUUGGCGCGCCAGAAUCUCUUUGUGUCCUCCACUCUGACCCUGCCCCAGGUGGGCCAUCCGCCAGGUUCCAAGGGUCAGGUGCAGUGGCCCACGGCGAUACCGUCGUCGCCGUCGAACUACGCGAAUGGCUAUCAACAGCAUCCGCAGCCCAUUUACCCGACUCCAGGGGCUGGCGGAACUGGAGGAUCUGUACCCGUUUCCGGACCCUCGAAAUUCCAGCGCGGCUACGCCUUCGACGAUCAGCAGCGAAGGUCCAGCUUCGUGAGCGAUGCCUUCGAUCUGGACGAGAUCGAACGGGAUCGACGACGAUCCCAUGCCAGUCUCUUUGGCCUGGGUGGUCAGAAUAGGGAUCCCUAUGAUCUCAUCAAUGGCACCGCCGUCUAAGCUAAAAACUAAACCCACAUACUCGUAACUAUCAAAACCAAAGAGAAAAACCCAGAGCUACAUGGUUUUUUUUUUGAAAGUAAGACAAACCAGAAAAUCAAGAGCUAA